CAAUUCGUAAAGCUAUUCAGGAUAAUUUUAUAUCGCGUUUAUAACGAAGAAGGGAUAACAGUUGUAUUAAUUAUGUUAAGGAAGAUAUAUAGUUCAUCGGCAAGGGUACAUUACCAUAAGUGUUAAAACUGUGUUACCUGUCUGUGAAUUAAUGAUAUCGCGUUCAUAAAUGAAAAAAAGAUAUUAAUACAUUUCUUACGUAACGAAUAUUCUAUCUAAGAUGGUUCUGCAAAUUGCAUAAUUCGGCAUUAAUUAUACAAACCGUCUGGAUUUUGCCAGUAACUUUAAAUUCGACCAAUGAUUUAUUACAAAAGGUCAGAAAGCAAACCGUGGGAUGACAGACUUAAUAAACUCAUACAUAUGAUCAAAUUGACGGAUAGUCACUAAAGAAACACAAUAUGCGAUGAAUGACAAUCAACGAAAGACAUCCAUUUUCCUGGCCAUUCUCGGGUCAAUAUUAUUGAUAGUUUGUUCUGGAUUAUACGAGUUUACUAAAUGGAAAAAGUCAGAGCUUUCAAACGCAGAUAUCAUAGCUACAAGUAUCAUAACAGUUAUUUCGAUAUUAGUCUUAGUAAUAUCAAUGGUAGCGUGCUGUAAAGGAUGGCACAAGGUUCAUGCUCACAAGGAAAUAAUUCGAAAGACAUCAUACAUUCCUGUAACAGUACUUAUGGGAUCGAACUGUGGUAUUUGCAUUGAACCAAAGGAUUCAAAGAGUGAAAAAGUAGUAAAGCUAACCUGUGAACAUACAUUUCAUAAGGAUUGUGUUAAUAGAUCCUUAGAUACACAACUGAAAUGUCCCAUAUGUAGACAAACUCCUUCAAAGUUUUCCUCUGUAGAACGUGUUCUAUACAGGAUGUAUGGAACAGUCAGCAAGAAAAUGCAAUCCAUGAAAACAAAGGAGAUAAAUGAUUCAAUUACAAAUGAAAGUACAGCAGUAUAGUUCCAGUAUAAAUCGUUUUUAUUUGUGGAACAAUGCAGCAAACUUAGUUGCCUCAACAAACAGAACAAUAAGUUUAAUUAAUUAUGAGAUUAUUACAUUUUUCAUGAUAGAUGAAUGAGUGGGAUAGUUAGUCGGACGAGUGUCCAAAAGAUGUGUGAUUUCAUAUUCACGAAAACAGUGUCUUUGUGAAUCGUUGUGUUCAUAUUGAUGAAUGAUUGGACGAAUGAAUAUACUGUGUAUUGGGUUGAUAUUUCAUAUCAUCGGAUGAUUGGACGAAUGAAUAGUCAUAAGAGUCGAAGCGUUGACAUUGAUUGAUGAUUGGUCGAAUAAAUGGAAAUGGUAGAUGCAUAAUUCAUACCGAUGGAGAUAAGACGAGUUAGAGAUGCGGGAUCAUAAAAGAGAUGGUUGCCUGCGUGUAUAUUGAUGGAUGAUUGGUCGAAUAAAUGGAAAUGGUAGAUGCAUAAUUCAUACCGAUGGAGAUAAGACGAGUUAGAGAUGCGGGAUCAUAAAAGAGAUGGUUGCCUGCGUGUAUAUUGAUGGAUGAUUGGUCGAAUAAAUGGAUAUGGUAGAUGCAUAAUUCAUACCGAUAAAGAUAAGACGAGUUAGAGAUGCAGGAUUAUAAAAGAGAUGGUUGCCUGCGUGUAUAUUGAUGGAUGAUUGGUCGAAUAAAUGGAAAUGGUAGAUGCAUAAUUCAUACCGAUGGAGAUAAGACGAGUAAGAGAUGCGGGAUCAUAAAAGAGAUGGUUGUCUGCGUGCAUAUUGAUGGAUGAUUGGGCGAAUGAAUAGAAAUGGUAGAUGUAUAAUUCAUACCGAUGGAGAUAAGACGAGUUAGAGAUGCGGGAUCAUAAAAGAGAUGGUUGCCUGCGUGUAUAUUGAUGGAUGAUUGAUCGAAUAAAUGGAAAUGGAAGAUGCAUAAUUCAUACCGAUGGAGAUAAGACGAGUUAGAGAUGCAGGAUCAUAAAAGAGAUGGUUGUCUGCGUGCAUAUUGAUGGAUGAUUUGGCGAAUGAAUAGAAGGGUGGAUGCCUAAUUCAUACAGAUUGAGAUAGGACGAAUGAGCGUUGCAGGUUAAAUGUAUGUUAUUUUAUGGAUGGUCAAAUCAAAUGAAUGAAUGAAUGGAAGAAAGAGUGAUCUUAGUGUGUGGUAGAGUUAAUUUGAUUUUGAUGACGUAAUUUUAUGAAAUGUUGAUAGUUGGAUUUUAUUUUUAUUAUUAAACAGUGUAAUUUUACAUACAUUGUAUUUACGUAGACUAGAUCAACCAUUUGCAUAUACAUUAAUAAGUUAUAACGUAUGCUACAGUCUUUCAGAAUAUGUUGAAAGUCCAGCAUGUUUACGAGUCUAUUUUUCAAAAAUUGGUAAAUUAUUUUAGUAUCUCCUAUCAAAGAAAUGUGCUGCAUUAAUACUAUCAAUAUUGCUAAUUAAACUUUUGAAAUGAUCGAAAUACUAAAACUUUCUACCACAGACAUAGAUAACCGUAGAUGUAUUAAGUGAAACCUUUAGGAUUUUUUUUUGUACAAAUUAUAUUAAAAAUUACAAGUUUGGUAUCUCUGGUUAGUUUUGUUUUACACCAACUUUUGAAUUUUGUUAUACUGAAGCAAAAAAGAUUGCUGGAAGGGUAUAGCCCCAUUGCAAUAUUUAAAAAAAAUCAUUCAUAGCCAGAAAUAAGUAGUGGUUUUGCUAAUUAAUAUUCAUAAUAUGUAAAUGAGAAUUGUACCACGUGAUAGUAGUUUGAACUGGACUGCUUUACAGGCUUGAUAUCAUUAAAAUCUUUAAAACACGGAUAUUAUAAGUUGCCCGUCUUAGAGUCCUUAUUUACAAUCACUUUGAUAUUUCCGUAAAGUUGUCAGGCGGUCAAAAUCAAAACAAUGAACGCGAAUUUAGUGAAUUUUCGUGCUUUCACGAGUUUAUUCUUCUUGAAAUAAUGACAUUUUAAUUUUACGUGGGAACCUAGAGUUCAACGACUACACAUACAAGGUUUGGACUUACUUAUUCUUUCGAAAUUCAAGUUUCAAAUUUCACCCCGGCACAUAUCCAACUAUAGCAGUCAUCACGUGACUUUUGUGACUUCACAAAUCACCCGUAUCAAGCCCUAGUAAAUUGUAUAGAAAUGCAUAGGGGCUUUCUGGAAUCGAUGAAAUACAUUACUUUAAGUUCAUGAUACUAAAAGUGUGGGUCUUUGUAGUAAUUCCUCAUAUAUUUAGAAAUAUAAAUAUUGCUUUUGAAAUAGUUUAAAUUUUGAUCUUCUCCCUUCCAAAUGCUUUUGAAAAUUUGUCUUGUUGCCUCGAUAGUUCACAUUGUUAAAU